AUAUUCUUUCAGAUACCCCGACUCUUCAUGACUUUGGCUUUACCUCAUUGGCGAUUAUUUGUGUUUGAAAUUCUCCUAGCAAUCAGCUGUUCUGCACUGAUUCUGUCAUUCGAUGAUCGGAAAUGAUGACAAGGAAACUUCAACUAUCGCUUGUAUUGAAGAGAGCGCCAUUCAAGCUUCGUCACUAGUGUAGCAGCGAGAAGGUGAUAUCAGUCUUUGAUUGUCGCGCAGACGGUUCCGCUCUUCUCGUCUGCUCCGAUGAAUCCUGUUAAUCGGUUCCCCCCAAUGAGUUCAACUACAAGUGGGAUAUCGGCGAUGUUGAAUAAGAAUGAGGUUCCGUUUCCCUAUUUUUCGCUCAUUAAAUCCGUUUCAUCGCUGGACUAUGAAAUGGAACCCUGGGGAUUCUUCCUUUAAUUGUGCAGUUCAGACCACUUAAUUUUGCUCGUGAAGCAUGUUUCAUCGUCUUUUUAGCUGAAUGGGCAUUGUCUGUAAAUUAAAAAAAGUGAAACACGUCUUUGAUUCAGAUUUGAUGGAGAAUCAUUUAGUGUAAAAAUUCAAACAUGUCUUCUUCGCCGAGUAAUUCUUCGAACACUACUUCCGAAUCUAUUUCCGGAAUAGAACUUCCGCCUGGAUAUAGCCCAGUUCAUUUGAUAGUGACAGUGGUAAUUGUGACGGCGAUAAUAUUACUUAUUGUGGUUGGAAAUUUACUUGUUGUGAUUGCCAUUUACACAGAUAAAAAUUUAAAAUUGAUACAAAACUGGUUCAUUGCAUCCUUGGCGGUAGCAGAUUUCCUGCUUGGUUUGAUAAUAAUGCCGUUCAGUCUUUCCAAUGAAGUGAUGGGAUAUUGGUAUUUCGGUUCUGUGUGGUGUGAUUUAUGGAAAGCUAUAGACGUUCUUCUCUGUACCGCUUCCAUUCUCAGCAUCUGCCUUAUAAGCCUGGAUAGAUAUUGGUGCAUCACAAAGGCUUUGACUUAUCCCAGACAACGAACAGCGACGCGCGCAUCUCUCAUGAUUGCUGCCGUGUGGAUAUUGUCCUUAAUUAUUUGUGUACCUCCAUUGAUUGGGUGGAAAAAUCCACUUCCGGUUACCGAUUAUCCACUGUGUUUACUUAGCAGUGAAGUGGGAUAUAUCAUUAGUUCUUGUAUGGGGUCUUUUUACAUACCAGGGGUUAUCAUGGUAAUCGUUUAUUACAAAAUUUACCAAGCUGCAAAAGAGCGUGCUAGGAAACAAACCCCAAAGGGGAAGAAAGCCAAGAAAAAAGUUAAGAAGUCCGAAAAAGAGCAAAAUGGUCUCUUGGAAAAUAACCAAGGAGAGGGUGAAGAAACAUUGAAUAUGCCUGUAAAAGUCAAUAGUAUGACUUUAACGGAUGAUGAAAGUACUUGGCCUAUGUAUCAAAAACAAAGUUCUAACCAAGAUGAAUCAGGCCAACCGUUAGAAACCGAAAAUGGAGAUGAUGAUGAUGAUGAUAAUGUAGACGAAGAAAAUGACGAAGAAUCGAGCACCACCGUCACUACCCGCGUGACGUCAGAUCCUGGAGAAAUCAGAAAAAAUCAGUCUGACAUUAAUGAAACCAUUAAAGACCUAGAAAGGCAAAAACGCAAAAUUGCAAAAGCGCGGGAAAGAAGAGCCACGAUAGUUCUUGGAAUUGUCAUGGCGACUUUUAUAGUCUGCUGGGCUCCUUUUUUUACCCUGUAUGUUAUAACGGCAUUGUGUCACUGUAUUCCCGACAUUGUGUUUAACGUUUUCUUUUGGGCGGGUUAUUGUAAUUCUGCCCUGAAUCCAAUAAUCUAUACGGUUUUUAAUCGGGAUUUUAGACAUGCUUUCAAAAGAAUUCUUUGUCGUGAGUCAAAACAUCGGUAAUGGACGUGACAUUGUUGCAAGUUGAAUUAUUAUAAAAUUAAUGCUUUUUGUAUUCGACGGAAGAACUAAUAUUUUUGUUCCUCUUAAAAAUGCUCAUUAAAUCAUAAAAAGUA